UCAGACCAAAUCUGAUCAUUGAUUACAUUUAACAUAUGAUGAUUCAUUUAUCAAGUUGGUAAUAAGCAAAGAAAUAUUUUUUAAAGUUACGUAUUGUACUUUUGUUUAUUUAUCUUUUAAAAUAAUUUAAAAUGGAUAGUAUUGAAAAAGUUAUCAAUCUUUUACACAAAAGAAGAACUAUUCGUGAAGAACAAUUCGCAAUUGAAGAAAAAAAGCAAAUUACUGAAUAUAGUAAUUUGAUAAAUACAUUACAAACUAUAAAAGAUGAACGGAACAAUUAUAAAGAAAGUAUUGUUAAAAAUCUUCAAAGUUUAACAAUGCAUAAACAUUCAAUAUAUAAAUUAAUUUAUAAUACAGAGAAUAUAUCAGGAUUACCAGUUUCUCAUGAUUAUCAUCGGCAAGCAAUAAUGUUUUUAUCUGAAGGAAUUGAUUUUAUAAAUAAAUUACAAGAUAUAUUUAAAAAUUUUGACAAUAUUGAUAAAAAAAAUAAUAUUAAUUCUAUGAAUAUGCUUCAUGAUAUUACAUUUUGUACAAAAAGCAUAGGAAGUGAACUUUGUAAAGUAAAGUCCUUAAUUUCAGAUAUAAAAACAUUACAAAAAAAUACAGAAAUAUUGCAAGAAUAUUGUUUGGUUAAUGAUGAUGAAGAUAUUAAAAUCUAAACAAACAUUAUUAUAUUUUGAAUAAGAAAAUUACAUUU